AUGGCCUCCAUAUUUGACUUAGCACUCAAGGGAACUCUCAGCGAGAAUGAUCUUGUAGGCAAAGAAAAAGAAAUCGACGCAGUCAAUGAGAAGACCUUGUACACUCCCCUCGGUGCAGCUGUACAUUCUAAUCGCAAAGAUAAUGUUAAACUGCUGCUCGCAAAUGGCGCCAACCCAGAUGGUGUGACUGGCUCACGUCUGCCGCUCUGGAUUGCGGCUGCAAGAACAAAAGGAUCCAUCGGCAGCAUUGUCGAACUGCUUCUGGCCCACAAAGUGAGCGUUAAUAAACCGGAUCAUAUUGCGAACGAUACCGCGCUACAUGCCAUUGUCCAGAGAUACAGGAAUGAAGAUGAUCUUGACGUGAUCGAGGCCCUCGUACGUGCAGGUGCUGAUCCGCAAGCAACGAAUCAAAGGGGGGAGUCAGCAGAGUCGUUGGCGACUAAGCGCAACGACAAAAAACUCCUUUCUCUCCUGGUCCCCAAAACACACAAGAAAAGCCACAUCAAAGAUAUCCUCAUGAUCGCAUCUCUCAUAUUGUUCGCCUUUUCGUGGGCCAAUCGCCAUUCCAUCCAGGUGGUAGCUGCUACUGCUGUCGCUGCGACGACGGCGGUCGCUUCUCAAGUGUAUGGUCCGAUUAAGAAGAGAUUCGACAUGAUGGGCCGGCGCAGUAAAAAGGUUCCACAUCAUAUUGCCGAGAAACUUGAAAAGGCGGCAACUGCGGAGGCAUUCAAAACCGAGAUGCACAACUACAUAAAAAAGGCUCAUUUGGACCAAUUCUUCAAAGAUGAUACGUUUUUGGAACAUGUUAUUACGAAGGCUGUGGACUUAGAAGCCGACCCAAAAACGACUGUCAAUGUACAGGAUUUAACCCGUCUCGCACUUUAUCAACCGGUGCUUUACUGCGAUGACAGUGGUUCGAUGAAUCUAGAUAAGCGGAUCGAGCUCCAGGCCGAUCUUGGCGAGCGAAUCACCAGUCUCACCACGAGGCUUGUCCCAGACGACACCGGAAUUGAGCUGCGAUUCAUCAAUGCCUCGUACGAACCUCGCAUGUCAAAACCUCGCAGCAAAUUAGUCAACGAGAUUUUAUUAGAUACUCCAUACAGCGGACCCACGGAAAUUGGAAUAAACUGCAAAGCAAAGAUUCUGGAAGAAAUUGUCUACAAACCGAUAAAGGAAGGCAAAUUUGACCGCCCGGUAUUAGUCUCCAUUCUCACUGACGGCUGCCCUGGAGGGCCUGAUGGAAGUAGCGAGAGGCACGAUACUUUGAAAGAGGUCAUUAUAGAGUGUGGCAAAUUCCUCGAGGCUCAUGAGUACAACAAGAAGGUGGUACGUUUUCAGAUCAGCCAGAUUGGGUAUGAUGAAUCGGCCAAGGAAUUCAUCAGGAGUCUCGCUUCAGAUCCCGCGCUGAGCGAUGUUCUGUAUUGCACCACUCGACACUUGGAUGAUGAAUUCAGGACCCUCCGGGGUAACGAGCAUCGACUAGAGCAAUGGCUCUUGGCCUUAUUGAUGGAGCCAAUUCUUAAAGCCGACUGA